GAGAGCAGGUCUCCUAUAAGAGAGCUUCCUGCCUACCUGCAGUCAGUCAGUGUUUACUAUGGAGCUGAAUGGUUUACAAGAGAAGAGCCAGAGGAAUGGGCUGGACAACCAGGCCUUCUACUCUCAGGACACUAUCUGCAUUGAUAUGGAAGUUUCUCAUCGGCCAUCAGAGGAUGCAGAAUUCACAGAGGAGCUAAAGAAAAAGUUCUUGGAAAAUAAAAUGGAAGGGAUCCACCGAUAUCUAGAGGAGCACAGGUCUAGGAUCAGGCUGGUGUUGGGCCUUGUCUUGGCUGCAGGUUAUGUUGCCGUGGUGAUUGCGGCAUGCGUGCUGAACUUGCAGCGUGCUCUGGCCCUGUUGGUGCUGACCCUGCUGGCUGUCUUCUUUCUUCUGUGGGACUGGCUGAUGGGCCGCUAUGGACAGCGCCUCUGGGACACCCUGCAACCCGCCAGGAACACCCUCAACACGCUCUGGGUCAAAUGGGUGGUGUUUGUGCUGCUGCUGGUGGCAGUGGUGUGCUGGCUGGUAUUUGACACGGCCAAACAGGGAACACGGCAGCUAGUCUCUUUCUCCGGACUCGUCUGCUUCGUAAUGCUCAUGCUGGUGUUCUCCAGGAAUCCAUUCAGGGUGUCAUGGCGAACUUUACUGUGGGGUGUGGCGCUGCAGUUCUUAUUUGGACUCAUCAUCCUCAGAACCAAAGCAGGAUUCACUGCUGUAGACUGGCUGGGCCAUCAAGUGGAGGUGUUUCUGUCCUACACUGACACCGGCUCUAGGUUUGUGUUUGGCAACAAAUACACAGACCACUUCUUUGCAUUCAAGGUUCUGCCUAUUGUAGUGUUCUUCAGCACUGUCAUCUCUAUGCUCUACUACCUUGGCUUCAUGCAGUGGCUCAUCCUCAAGGUGGGCUUCAUAAUGCAGAUUACCAUGGGAACUUCUCCCACAGAGUCAAUGGUCGCCGCUGGCAACAUAUUUGUGGGACAGACAGAAUCUCCACUCCUGAUUCGUCCGUACAUCUCCCAGCUGACCUUGUCAGAGAUCCAUGCCGUGAUGGCAGGAGGGUUCGCCACCAUUGCUGGCAGCGUACUGGGAGCCUUCAUCUCUUUUGGGAUUGAAGCAUCCCACUUGCUGACAGCCUCCGUAAUGUCAGCCCCGGCCUCCCUGGCCAUCGCCAAGACCUUCUGGCCAGAGACAGAGAUCCCCAAAGUCACAGCCAAGAAAGGCCUCAAACUGGAGACAGAGGAGGGCAGUAACCUGCUGGAGGCAGCGUCUCACGGAGCGUCCUCCUCUAUUGUCCUGGUGGCCAACAUCGCUGUCAACCUCAUCGCCUUCCUGGCCCUGCUCGCUUUCCUCAACGCCGUUCUGUCAUGGCUGGGCAACAUGUUCGACUACCCCCAGCUCAGCUUCUCUAUCAUUUGCUCGUACGUAUUCAUGCCCUUCUCCUUCCUGAUGGGUGUGGCCUGGGAGGACAGCUUCAUGGUGGGUGAGCUGAUUGGCUACAAGACCUUCUUCAAUGAGUUUGUGGCCUAUCAGAGGUUGGCAGAACUCAUCAAGAGGAGAGAGGACAGAGGCCCAGAGUACGUGGACGACGUCAAGCAGUAUCUGUCUGUCCACUCUGAAACCAUAGCGACGUAUGCUCUGUGUGGCUUCGCUAACAUCAGCUCUCUGGGUGUGAUGAUAGGAGGCCUCUCGGCUAUGGCCCCAGAGCGGAGGGGCGAUAUUUCCAGGUGUGCCAUCAGAGCUCUUAUCUCAGGCACAGUGGCAUGCUUCAUGACAGCAUGCAUCGCAGGUAUGCUGUAUAUCCCAGAGCUGCUGUGUGAAGACUUCCUGAAGGAAGAGUUUAACUCCACAUUAGUCACUAACAGCACUCAGCUCCUCACCUGCUGCACUGAGCUCUACCACAGUGUGGUAGUUGGAAGCCCUUCUAACAUGACUCUGGGAGGAGGAUUCAAUAUGGCUUCUCUCAAUGGCUGUUGCGCCAUCCUGUCCUCCCCACACUUCAAAUGCAGCCUGGUCUACCCCUGAGAGGCAGGAGGAGGAUAGAAAAUAAUGGAGAGAAGAGGAUGGACAGAAAAGGCUUGAGAGAAAAGGAUGGAAAGAGGAGCAUGGAGUGUGGAAGCACCCUGACCACUUUCUUGUCACAAGUCAAGUAUGAAACUGUAUGCACUCACUAACUGUAAGUCGCUCUGGAUAAGAGCGUCUGCUAAAUGACGUAAAUGUAAAUGUAAAAGGUUUUCCAUUUUGAGGAAGUUUGUAAUGAAAUUACAUGAUAUUUACAAUGACUUUUUUUCUAAAUGUAAAGAUAUUAAAGAUAUUUUAGAACA